CUGGCUCUAGCUGCUUUCUCCACUGAGUUCCUUUGGCCCAACCGAUGGAGAGUGUGGGCGUGGCCGUCGAGCAGGGGGCGUGGCCCAACCCGAGCUUUGGCUGUUUCCUCCGCUGAGCGAAUGCAGGCUCCUUUGGCCUGGCAGGUUGCGAGUGGGCGUGGCGAUCAAAGAGUGGGCGUGGUCGGCGAAUAGGGGGCGUGGCCCUGAUCCGAGCUCGGGGCUCUUGCUUUCUUUCCCGUUCCCUCCGCUGGGCGAAUGGUCCGGGCGCCUGCGCCAAGCGAUGAGAGCCAAGGCGGCGGGCGCGGAGCUGGCUGCAGCUUCUCUUUCUUCGGCUGCUUCCCCGCUGCCCAAGCUGCUCUCCGCCCUCUUCUACGGGAUCUGCUCCUUCACCAUGGUCCUGGUCAACAAGGCGGUGCUGACCGCUUACAGAUUCCCAUCACCAGUGUUUCUUGCAAUUGGACAGAUGGUAACUACUAUUCUGAUUUUGUAUGUUUCAAAAUUAAACAAAAUCAUUCACUUCCCUGAUUUUGACAAGAGUAUUCCUAAGAAGCUGUUUCCUCUCCCCCUGAUUUAUGUUGGAAACCACAUAAGUGGAUUAUCAAGCACAAGCAAGUUAAGUUUGCCAAUGUUUACAGUCCUUCGGAAGUUUACCAUUCCUCUUACAUUAGUCCUAGAAGUUGUUAUACUUGGAAAACAUUAUCCACUGAGUAUUAUAAUGAGUGUGUUUGCAAUCAUCCUGGGUGCUUUCAUAGCAGCAGGAUCAGACCUAGCUUUUAACUUGGAAGGAUAUAUUGCUGUUUUAAUGAAUGAUGUCUUCACUGCUGCAAAUGGUGUUUACACAAAACAAAAAAUUGACCCUAAGGAGCUGGGAAAAUAUGGAGUCAUUUUUUAUAAUUCCUGUUUUAUGAUAAUUCCUACAAUUCUCAUAAGUUUUUUCACUGGAGACUUCCAGCGGGCCAUUGAUUUCCAGAAAUGGACAAACAUUUUAUUUGUCUUCCAGUUUCUCCUAUCCUGUCUACUGGGGUUUCUUCUGAUGUAUUCUACAAUCCUCUGCAGCCAUUAUAAUUCUGCCCUCACCACCACAGUGGUUGGUGCUAUAAAGAAUGUGACCAUCGCUUAUAUUGGAAUGCUGGUUGGAGGAGACUACAUAUUCUCUGUGCUGAAUUUCAUUGGGCUCAAUAUCUGCAUGGCAGGAGGGUUGAGAUAUUCGUUUCUAACAAUACGGGGGCAGGACAGUCUUAAGCACCCCAUAGAUGAAGAAAAGGCAAUGCAAGAUGCCAAGAGCUGACUGAAGGAAGCAACAUGGAAAAACUGUAAAACUCCCGAAAAUUCGAGAAGUUGUGCUGAAGAGGAAUGCAAAAUGAAAGCUCUACCUCAUCUUGCAUUGGGGCAUCUCAAACCAAGCCAUCGUUUUUGUCAGAUGAUGACAAAUGGAAAACUGUGGACUGCAGAUAAAUCUGGUUAUCCCUACACCAAGGCCAAUUAUGUAAGCUUUUGCACUCAUCAGAAUGGAUGGCAGGGAUUUGUAAUUUCUUAGUUCAUAUCUGAGAAGCCUUACAAAUGUCUAAAAGUGGUAAUCUUUGCUCAGUCUGGGAUUUUGUGCAAUUACCAUGGGUGUUGGCUUUCUGUCAUCUUGUCUCCUCUGUGGUUGUGGAAUGCAAGCCAAAAUUCUAGCUUAAUUUUUUUAAAAAAAAAUAAUAAUAAUGACCUGCUAGCUCAGAGCAGUGUGUAUCAACUACACAUUACUGAAGAAUUACCAGCUGUUUUGCACAAGUUGUCUUUAUUGAAUAAUUCAGGGCCAUAUUUGGUUUGUACUUGAAUUGUCUACAUUGUGUGAGUGGCUUUAUAGUUCACCUGAUGGAUGGAUGGCUCUAUCUAAGGGCAGAUAAUUGAAUGAUGUGUCCUUUUGGUUCCACGCAGUUGAACAGUGCAGCCAGUGAAAGCCAGGACCUUUGUCCUCUGAAAAAACAGAUACAUUAAACUGCAACUGCAGAACCCAUGUCUAUGGUUUCACUUGGGAAAAAUCAACUUUCUAAGAAUUUUCUAGGUAUUCUCGGUGGUUCUAUGACAGUGGUUCUCAACUUGUGAGUCCCCAGAUGUUUUGGCCUUCCAUUCCUAGAAAUCCUGACAGCUGGUAAACUUGCUGGGAUUUCUGGAAGUUGUAGGCCAAAACACCUGAGGACUCACAGGUUGAGAACCACUGUUCUAUGAUAUGCUUCCUCUAGAAGUUAUCAUAGAGUUGCAUUGGUUGUUGAGGGUAGAACUGGGCAUUCUGCAGUUUCAGGUAACUCCGGUCCGGCUGGGGAUAUAUCCUUCACAGAUACAAGGGUCUUAUGGUAUUAUUCCUCGUCAUAAAUCUGAACAUCAUCAAGAAAUUUGUUGUUCAUUUGGAUAGCCUUCUGUGAUUCCAGCCAACUUUGUGGCUUCAUGGAACUCCAAUGUGAUUAGCCCACCUGAUGCAGUCGAUUGUCCUGGGACUGACUGACUGUACAGAAUAACACCUCAAUACAAAUACAUGUUCUGCCAGGGUGGCUGAAAGAAGGACUUGGAGACUUCUGACACUUGGUAGUUUGAAUUCUUACUUUUUGGAACAAAGUUCUACACAUAGGAAAGAACAUUUCAACUUCAUUGUUUACAGCCUCUCAAAAAGCCACUCUGGGAGGUCAAGGUACCUUCCAAAAUGGCAUAGGAUGUGGGAUUUGAGGGGAGGCUAUUGUGCAAUACAGAGAUGAUUAACAAUAAGAGCAAACUUUACUCCAGACAUUAGUGACCUUUUAUUUGCAUCAGUAAUGAUGGAGCCCAACAACAAUGGAAAAGCCAAAGAUUUCUUACCCCUUUUAUAAUAAAAAGGUAGGUAGGGUUAUGAUGUGUCUUACAUGUGUUUACAAGAUGUUUGUACUUGUAAUUAAAAUGUCAAUUCUCUUUGUAGCUUUUACAUAUUUUUAAUCGUAAUGCAUGCAGUACCCAAGUUACAAACAAGAUAGGUUCUGUAGGUUUGUUCUUAAGUUGAAUUUGUUUGUAAGUCAGAACAGGUACAUUUUUCAAGUGUAACUCCAUAGAUAGAUAGAUAGAUAGAUAGAUAGAUAGAUAGAUAGAUAGAUAGAUAGAUAGAUAGAACAGGGAAAAGUUAACAGCUCUGUGGUGUUUGUUUUGCUGUCUGUGCCCCUGUUCAGAAGAUUUCCCCUCACUUUCUGUCCCUGGGUGAAUUGGAUUUUGAAAAAAAUGGCUUAUUGUGGAGACAAGGAUUGGAGCUAAAGCUUCAGGGGACACACCUUUUCCCCAUGAUAACUCUUCCAGGAGUGAAUUUCCCUUCCGAGGGGUAGAUUUCUCUCACUUCUUGUUGUCUCACCCUAGUUCUUAACUAUGAGUUGUUUGUAAAUCAGAUAUUUGUAACUUGGGGACUGGCUGUAAUCAUACUAAUUAAAAGGAAAUAAAACCUGUAUUUGCAAAAGGAAAACUUCAGAAGAUCAAAGAAGAAACUUAAAUGUAAACUUUUUAUAUCAAUGCAUAACAUCUUGGCCACAAAUAUUUCACAUAUUAAAAUUCUUAAAAUGGGAGCCGUAGUUCAGUGUACUGCACAGACUUUGAAUGGAGAUGCGUCAGUCCUCAGCAUCCACAUUUUUUUUUUUUACAAAAAAAUGAAGUAAAAAUAGUGGCAGUUGGUGGGUUGCAUGCUAGCAGAGUGGUGAAUCCACUUGGGUUUUUAAAGAAAUUUAAAGAAACUAUCCAAAAUGAUGAAUAUAUUAAACUCUAUUAAGGUUCAGCAUGUUAAAUAUCUUCUUUGAAACUAAAAUCUGGGGACUAAAGUAGAGCCACUAAUCACCACUAAAUAGGAACAACAAUCCACAAAUUGCUCUCUGUCAAAAUAUUUCAUGGGAACGAAGUGAAAUAGAGACUAUGGUCUGAAUCCAGAGAAGGCUGUUUCAUCUGUGAUUACAUAGUUGUAAUUUUGUUGAACAGAGGUCUCUAAAGGUUACUAGGGUUUGUGAACAGAUAGGUGACCAUGUGAGGAUAUAUGUGUGAGAAAAUGGAUUAACAGUUUUCUGUGAGAGAAGAAUGUAGGUAGGUAUAUGGAUAGAGAAUGUGUGUGUGAGAACAAAUGGAUGAUGAAGGAAAAUUGCUCCAACUUUCAGAUCAUUUUGGUUGCCUUUCCUGUGCCUUUUCUUUCUCAUCAGUAAUAUGUUGGAAGUUUGCUGAAGGGCACUACACUUUGGACAGAUUUAUUUUUGAUUCCUUUCCUAAUUGGCCUCAAAAUUGAAUUUUCCUCUUUUCAUACUGAGUGUAAACUGAAUCAAUAUUUUUAACCAGUUCACCACAAUGCUAAGAUCCCUCUCCAGGUCAGCCACAUUGCUAAAGAUGUGAAUAAAUGGGAACUCUCAGAGAAUUACAACAGUAUUAUCUUGUAUUGCAUUUCUUUGAAUCUCAUUUUGUAAUUUGUCUUGUUCCUGUUUUGUACUGAGCUACAAGGAUUUUUGGGGAUGUUUCACAGGGAAAUUUGUGUUAUGGGUACCAUGCACAUUUUUCUUGUCCGUUGCCUAAGGUAACAUUUCCCCCAUUGACUAAAUCUUGUUUAUGUGCAUUUUAAAAUGGUAUGUAUUUCUUUAGAUAUUCACAUUUUGAGAUGUAUUAUUUAUCUGAGAUUCCAGCAAACUUCACAAAUGUGGGGGCUAGAGAGGCACGGUGCCUUUCAGUUUCUUUGGGUUGUAACUUCUGCAGCUCCUUACCAUUGGCCAUGGUGAGCUGGGUCAUCUAGGAGUUGUAGACCAAAAUUUGUGGGAAGCUAAACGUUUCCUAUUCCUGACUUAGGGGUACAAAUGUGUUUCAAUAUAAAUGGGUCAUUGUUUAAUCAAUCUCUCUACAUGAUCAGCACAAAACAAGCAGAAGCUUCGUUCUCAAUGGGUACAGACACUGCACCAAUCCAUCCAUUACUCAUGUUUCUUUGUUCAUUUCAAAGAACACCAGUUAUUAAAGACAUAUGUACACAGAGAAGUUUUCCAUAAUUGCAAGAAAAUCACAAGGGGAAGAUACAUCUUAAUCUCAGGGAAAAAAGGUUGAUAGAAAUAUCUGAUGAACUUUUGCCUAUUUAAGCCUUCCUCAAGGGACUAUAUAAAAUCAUAAGAUGUCCUUGAAUGUUAUCUAUGUUUUUUUAUCAUCUUCUUGCAAAAUAUUAAAAACUUUAAGACCUUGCUCACAUGUUUUGAUUUGUCUAGUAAAUGUUGCAAGAGUUCCUGGUUCAGAAAUUUCUACAGUUUGAGUAUAAGGAGAUAUAUAUGGGAAAUAGGUAAUGCACAAAUGUAAUGAUUUUAUGUGAUGUGGCAUUAAUUAUUACAUGGUAUCCUUUUAUAUAGCCCCCUAAGAAGGUCCUGCAGACCAAAAGGCAUUGGCCUCUUCCACCAAUAAACAACCGUCUUUUGAACAUUUUGA